GGAGGGAGAGAGAGAGAGAGAGAGAGAGAGAGAGAGAGGGAGAGAGGAGAGGUCAGUCCCUCUCUCACACUCCUACGGGACGAAUCGCACAGCUAACUCUCCAACAGAGAGCGAGAGGGUGAGGAAGUCAGAGACAGUAAAAGAGAGAGAACAGGAAAGCUGGUCCGAGGGCUGUCACAGACUCUGCGCACACGCAUGGACGGAGCCACCUGGACUCCCUCCGCUCUGUCAAAGCGCAAAUGAUGGAAGCGUAACUGACUGGCUGGAGCCGCACAAGGCUUAUUUGGAUUACUUCUUUAUUCCUGCUCUGUUCAUGCUUUUGGAAGCAGGAAAGGGCGCUAUGCACAGCAGAGAGAAGUCUCGCAGCUGUGAGAACUACCUAAGCAUAAAGGACACCGAGUCACUGGAUAGCUGUAUCCAGAGCACACUGUCUGUGUUGUACGCUCCGUUUGGGGCGACGGCCGCCACUGUCCUGUGGCAACUGUUCAGCGUGGUGGAGAGGCAGUACCGUGGCGACGGCCUGCGCUGCUUCCUUGACUUCCUGCUUCCUGCCAAGAGGAUUCUGCACACCAUCCAGCGGGAGACCUGCUUGCGCUACCAAGGCCUGCUGCUGUACCACGACGGCUGGCCUCUCUGCAUCCAUGAGAAGGUGGUUCUGCAGCUAGCCCCCCUGCACAAGGUCCGCCUGAGGCAAGGUGACUUCUACCUGCAGGUGGUUCCUCUGGGCCGCAAGGCCGCCAAGCUGGUGUUAAAAUGCCUGUCGGGCAGCGGGCAUGCUGUCGCCGAGAUCCCUGUGCCCGAGAGCAUGUAUGGCAGUGUCUUCACCGCUGACUUCCUGCAGAAUGUGACCCGCGAACGCAAACUGCAGCCUCUCCAGAACUGCCUGCUGAGCACGGGCGCGGCCGUCUACCGCACCCCGUGGAGGAACGUGGUGAACCCCGUGUUGGCGAGCAGGGCUGGAAGCGGCACCAUGCAGCCCCGCCAGCUGGGCGUCUGCGGUGGGAGCUUGCGGGGUCAGCUGGCCACCUGCAGUGACCGCGGUUCCACCGGCACGUUGGACAGCCGCCGGAGCUCGCGGGAGUCACUGGGCUCGCUGGGUGGUGAGUCCACGGCGUCAGCGCCGCCGUUGGGCCGCAGCCCGGCACUCGCCCCGAUGAGUGACCCGGAGAAGGGCCCGGCCAGAGGGAGCGGCGGCUCCAGGUGUCUCUCCUUCAGCACGGACCUCAGCAACCCCACCCCGCGCCGGCGCCACCCCCGGGACUCGGCCACCUUCGAGACAAGGAGGCUUUUCCGGAAGUCGUACAUGGAGGCGCUGCAAAAUCCCAUGAACCUGGGCUCCAGCUCCGAGUCCAUCCUUGAGACGGGGGGCAGGAAGGCGGGGGGCGGGGAGGCGGGGGGCAAACCCCGGGCCAGGAGCGGCUCGGAGGUGCGCCCCACCCAGCGGGAGUCCCUCCAGCAGAGGUUCUGCUCACGCGGCCGGCUCGGGGGGGACGACUCCCGCGUCGGCCCCACCCUCCUCCCGCUGCAUCGCAGCCUCCAGAACGCCGAGCGGCAGAACCAGACUGAGAGGCGUUCCAAAUCUCUGGAGCGGACUGGCAAGGCCUCGCAGGUGAAAGGUCACCGGGCACGCUCAGCAUCGGGCAGCUCGGGGGGAGGGUCUCCGAGGAAGCUGAUGAAUGGAUAUACGCUGCGAUUUGGCAAACUUGACCUGGAGGCAGCAUUUUCUGCCACAGAGAGCCGUGGAAGCAAAGGAGAUUCAGAGCUUCCCGACUCGCCCGCCGUCUCAGAAUCCAGAAGAGGCAGCAGUGGCGGAGAAGAUUCCCCCAGACCUUCACUUCACUUCUCCAUCUCCGCUCCGCUCUCUGUAGUGCCCUCUACUGGCUGUGGCCUGUCACUGCCUUCCCUGCUCUCGCAGGUCAACCUGGGGCUGCUGGACUCUGGCGCGGUCACUCUGCUCGGUAACCAGGACCGUGCUGGACAUUCUCUGCUGCAGGUGUGCAUGAGGAACCGGGUGUGGACAGACGAGAGCUUUACCUCCAGAGAGUUUGUCUGUCUACUGGGCUACUACUGCUCCACACUUCGAAAGGAGAAGAUGGAUCUGGGGCUGACUGUGCUUGUGGACACACGGAGGCAGCAGGCCAGCCCGGCGCUUUUCUCAGCUCUGGCUCAGCUUAAGGCUCAUCUCCCUAACGCACUUUCCUCAGUUUUGUUGCUCGUGGACAAAGACACCUCUAUCAAACUCGAGAGGAAUUUUCCCAUUCCAUGUGAAGUCUUGUCCUCCCUGAAGGCUCUGCAAAAGUAUGUUGAUUCCUCUCAGCUCACGAGCGACCUGGAUGGCACUUUCUCCUACUCCCACGGCCACUUUGUCCAGUUCAGACAGAAAAUGGAGCAGUUCAGCAGCAGCUGUACAUCGGCCAUCUCGUCCCUCAGGCGGUCUAUCGAUGUCCUGAACAGCAGCAGCAGUCUGGACACCGCCAAGGAGGUGGAGGAGAUGAUAAGUCAGCAGAAGAAGCUGAUGAGGAGCGUGCUGGAGGACUCGCACCUGAACUGCCUGCGCCUGGAGGGGGGCACCUUCCUAGCACGGGCCAGGAAGGAAGAGGCGUGUGAGAUCGAGAGCUACAGAGACGCUGUGGACAUGGCGUGCGCACUGUACAACCAGAUGGAUGAAGAGGUUCACAAGCUCGUCAUCCUGUCCAACAAAUCCCUCCAGCAGCUGGAGAACCUGCUGGAGCUGCGCACCGUCCAGGAGGAGAGUGAGCGGAUUAAGUGCUGGUUCAGCAUGGAGGGGGAGAAGAACCUGGCUCCACUGGACUCUCUGAGCUUCACGCUUGGAUCCCUGCAGGAGAUGCGGCAAAGUCUGGGCCAGUUCACAGAGGAGGCAGCGCUACAGCAGAAGCAGGCUGUGGCACUCCUGCAGGACUCCAGGCAUGCAUCCAGCUCAGCAUUACUGGAUCUGACAGAGUACACCAACUCUGUGCUGCAGCAUGCAGACACACGCAGGCAUGAGCUCCAGAUCCUGGUCACCCUCUAUGAGUUCUAUGACUCGGCUGACCAGUGGGUGGCGCACUGCCAGGAUUACUUUCAGCACGUGUGCCUGACGGAGAGCGGGGCUAAACUCUCCCCCGAGGUCCUGCAGAUCUUGCGGGAAUACCACAGCGAGGCAACCAAGUUCUCCCUGGAGAAUUUCAGCUCUCUGAAUGAGACGGUGGCCACGCUGGGCAGCCCGCGGGAGCUGCAGCAGUGGAAUCUCGUUUGGAUGAAGUGUCAGAGCACCAGGCGGCAGCUGGAGGAGGCGCUGGUGGGAGAGCCGGAGGCCGAGCCCGACUCCGACACCACGCCUCCCUGCCCCCGUGGACCUCCAGAGCCUGCCGGCAAGCCUGGGUCCACCACCCCACCACCAGCUGAUGGAACCAGCAAGCCCCUGCAGCUGCAGGGUGGGGAGGGCAGCUCUUCCAGUUGCCUCCCCGGGACCCCGCCCCAGGUGCCCCGACUCACGUUGGCGUUAGACUUGGAGGACGGAAAGCCCCGCUCCGCGGGUCCCUUCUCCGAGGGCGACUCCCCGUUCCUGAGCUCGCAUUUCCCCUUUCUGCCGGAGGGUGACGAGCUCUCGCCCUCGCUCUUCGACGACACAGACAGCGACUGCACCGUGGACUCCUCGUACUCAUGCCGCUCGGAGCCGACAUGCUCGCCGGCGGCACGCCACCGCCGGCCGCCGCUGAAGAAGAUCAUGAAGAAGACAGUGAGCUAUGAGCUGGCACCACGGGACCGCGGGCACUCGGACACCAGCCACAACAGCUACACUGGGGUCUACAUCAAAGGCCUGGAGGUCACUAACAACGUGUGCGUGGAGAAGAAGCUCCAGAGGUCAGAUGUGAAGAGUCCACCGCUCAUUCGCAGCACGUGUCUCUCCUCUUCCUCCCCCUCCUCCUCCCCUAGAGUUCACUGCCGAAUCACUGAAGUAGAGACCAAGAGACAGAGCAGUAAAAUCCAGCACAUCAUGGAUGAGAUGAUCUCCACAGAGAGGGAGUACGUGCGCUCCCUGGCCUACGUCAUCGAGCACUACUACCCUGAGAUGGAGAGGCCGGACCUGCCGCAGGAUCUGAGAGCCAAGCGCAGCAUCAUCUUCGGGAACUUGGAGAAGCUGUGUGACUUCCACGGCCAGUACUUCCUGAAGGACCUGGAGCAAUGUGCCCACUCCCCGCUUUCCAUCAGCGGCUGCUUCCUGCGCCACGAGGAGCAGUUCGGCAUGUACGCGCUGUACAGCAAAAAUAAACCUCGCUCGGACGUCCUGCUCUCCAGCCACGGCAACAGCUUCUUCAAGAACAAGCAGGUGCAGCUGGAGGAUAAGAUGGACCUGGCCUCUUACCUGCUGAAGCCAGUCCAGCGGAUGAGCAAGUAUGCCCUGCUCCUGAAGGACCUGAUCAAGGAGUGCAGCCAAUCACAAGAGCAGGAGCUCACUGACCUCAGGACUGCUGAGGAGAUGGUCAAGUUCCAGCUGCGCCAUGGCAAUGACCUGCUGGCCAUGGACGCCAUCCGCGGGUGCGAUGUAAAUCUGAAAGAACAGGGACAACUGAGAUGCCAGGAUGAAUUUAUCGUGUGGUGUGGACGCAGGAAGUACCCGCGACGUGUAUUUCUGUUCGAGGACCUCAUCCUCUUCAGCAAGACUAAAAAGAUUGAGGGGGGAUAUGACAUCUACAUCUAUAAACAGUCUUUCAAGACAGCAGAGAUUGGCAUGACGGAGAACGUGGGUGACAGUGGCCUGCGUUUCGAGAUCUGGUUCCGCCGCAGGAAGUCCCAGGACACGUUCAUCCUGCAGGCCAGCUCGGCUGAGAACAAGGCUGCCUGGACCACCAUCAUCGGCAAAAUCCUUUGGAGACAGGCACUAAGAAACCGAGAAUUACGAAUGCAGGAGAUGGUUUCCAUGGGGAUUGGCAACAAGCCAUAUAUGGACAUUAAGCCCAGUGAUGCAGCCAUCAGCAACCGAUCCAUCAAUUACAUCAUGAAAGGGACAGAGCCACGAAGUCGCUCCUCUGUCACCGUACCCACCUUCGACUACUCCAGCCCAUUCAAAAGGCCCCACUCCACCAUCUCCAACAGCAGUACCUCCUCGUCCGGGAGCCAGUCCUCGUCCUCCUUCCUGGGCUCCCUCAACCCGCACCUCCACGCCGUCUCCACACACCCGCUGCCUGGCUGCCCAGCCCUUGCGCACUGGGCGUACGACUGCAUUGAAGAGGAUGAGCUGGAGCAGGACACGGGCAUCCAGCCCUCCAUGAUCACAGAAAGCUCGGAGACUUCCUCUCAAAGCACGUCCAGUGAUGGUGCGACUAGUGUGCGCACGCUAACAGUCCCUUGCCACUCAGCUCUGGUGGUAGAUGCCUACCCAAGCGAGCCUUCCUCCUUCCUUUGCUCCUCACCACCUUCCUCUUCAUCACCCAUACUCUUCCACAAGGAGCAGGAGCUGCCAGCAGAGACCAGCAAAUUCAUUACUGCGAACAAGACUUCUCAUGUAACAAUAGGCCUCUCAACAGUGGUCUAAAUCAAAGGGUUUUGAUCACUCUGAGUCCUUUGACACCAUUUUCUGGAGGCCUCAGCCAUGCAGAUGGAUUAUGGUAUCAGAACACUGCAGGACAAGUGCUACGACUCUGUGGAUUAACCAUGGGAGCAGUGACCCAAGUGCUCGGACUCUGUGGAUUAACCAUGGGAGCAGUGACCCAAGUGCUCGGACUCUGUGGAUUAACCAUGGGAGCAGUGACCCAAGUGCUACGACUUUGUGGAUUAACCAUGGGAACAUUGAGACAAGAUCAUACCCAAGCAUGAAAACUGCUCUGUGUGUGUGUGUGUGUGUGUG